UCUGUGCCUGUGAUUCACUCUGGAUGAGAUCUCAGAUUAAAAUUAGCAUCAGCUACAGCUAGCUGUGGUGCUGUCGGUGCGUUUUAAUAUCAGGUGUGCUACUCUACAGGAAGCUCUGUGCCGCAUCAUCAGCACGCUAGCCAAUAAGAAUGAAGAGCUGCAAACCUUCCUGGAGACCGUCGACAACACGCUGACGGGCCUGCAGGAGGAGUCAUGUAAGGUGAUGUCAGAGCUGGAGGCGGAGCUCGAAGAGCUAAGCUCCGCCCUGGAGGAGAAAGGGGCGGGGCUCCGUGACGUCAUCAAAGAGGAGAAGCGGAGGAAGGAGGCGGAGCUUCAGAAGCAGAUGUCGGAGGGGAAGUUCGCCCUACGUUCGGGCGAAGAGCUGCUCGAGUUCGCUAACCAAACGCUGACGAUCACCAACGAAGAAGAGUUCCUCAAGGCGGCGAAACAGAUCAAAGAGAGGGUAACCAUGGCCCCGGGGUUCCGCCUGGCGACCCGUCCGGCAGCGUCGGAGACAAUGUCGCAGUUCACAGUCGACUUCAGCGCCGAGAGGGCGGGGCUUCAGAGGCUGCACUUCCUGCCAGUCCCCAAAGCUCCGGAGAUCGACGCCCCCUCCUGCGUUGCCAGGGACAACAACAUCACGGUUGCCUGGCGACCGGCCGGCGACGGUGACGCUGACGACGGACGAAUCGAACGCUACGAUCUGGAAUACAGGAAGUCGAACAGAGAGGAUUCGCUGAGGGCCGCCGGAGAUGCAUGCUGGGAAAAAAUCCCCGACAUCGAGGAGACUCAGGCGACCAUCUCAGGUCUGAAGUUCGACUCCCGCUUCGUGGUGGUUCGCGUUCGAGCGAGGAACAAAGCGGCCGCCGGCGACUUCUCCGAGCCGGUUGCCGUGCUGACCGCAGCGUUCGCCUUUGUGUUUGACGGCUCGUCGGCUCACGCUGAGCUCAGGGUUCAGAGCGACACGGUGACCUGGGAGCCGCAGGGGGUCAAAGGUCACGACGCCCGGCUGAGAGGCAAAGAGAACAAGAGCAGCCGGAGCGCCACGCCCUCGCCCAAUAAGACGGCAGGAAGUCGAGGCGCACGCGACCGAUUCGCCGGAGAGUCGUACACCGUGCUGGGCGAUCAGGAGAUGGUGGGCGGCGGCCUCUACUGGGAGCUCCGCCCCCUCGCCGACUGGAAGUCCUUCAGUGUGGGCGUGGCCUAUCGCUCCAGCCUGGGACGCUUCGACCAAUUAGGUAAAAGCUCCGGUUCCUGGUGUCUCCACGCCAGCCAAUGGCUGCAGAGCUCGCUCGCUGUCAAGCACAACAACCGGGCGAAGGCGCUCGAUUGGCCGCUGCCUCAGCGAAUCGGAAUCUACUGCGACUACGACAACGGAGAUUUAAUCUUCAUCGACGUCGAUCGUCUUCGUCUUCUUCACUCCUUCAAAACAAAGUUCAGCCAGCCGCUCGUCCCCGCCUUCACCGUUUGGUGCGGCGGCAUCGCCUUGACGACGGGCCUGCAGGUGCCGAGCUUCAUGGGUAAUUUCCUCUCGACCAAUCAGAGCCUGAGCAACCUGUCGCCGUAGAUCCUCGUCCAAUCAGCUGCUUCCAUUUCCCUGCUGUUGAUUAUCAUUAAUUUAUUAUUUUAUACAUUUGUAAUUAUGAGUUUAAUUUAUUACAGUAAAUGUUAUUAUUACAGA